UAUUGCAGUAUAUUAAUAGAAAAUGGAGGUGUAAACGCAGAACAUAUAGAACCAGAGACGUCCAGGAGGAUGGAAAGCUACUAGCAGGGAAAGUGAAAGGGAAAGAAAGAGAGAGGCAUUUUGGAUGAGAGAGAACCGCAAUUCAUGGAUGGGAUUUACAGCAAUAACGUCAAGGAAUGAAACCAACAGCCUCAGCAAUAGCAACAGUAAAAGUAGCGGCGACAACGUUGGAAUGGGUUUCCUGUUCCUAUUUUUCCCCGAAAACGAAACCCCCGCCGCCGCCGCCGACAUUCACGACAGGAAAAAAAACCUCCGCCGCUACUCCGUUUCCUCCGGCGGCGGCGGCGGCGCCUCGCUCCUCUCCGCCGCCGUCCAGUCCACCAUUUCCGUCUGCGCGCUCCUCAUCUUCCUCACGCUCCUCCUCUUCACGCUCUGCUUCGACCCCGCCGUCGUAAACUCCCCUCCCAGAAGGCAUCUCUCUCUCUCUCUCUCUUCUCCUCUCUCUCCGCCCUGGCCCCACAAUGCCAUUAAUCUAUCAUUCCCCCAUGCAUUGCAAGGAAUGGGCUCGCUUUAUAGCCGAGGCACCCGAGCCAUGAACGACCUCAUUGUCGCUCACGCCGUCGAUUCCCUCACCCCGCUCGAGCUUAAACUCUUUCUACGCCUCUUUUUCGCCUCUGGGCUCUCCUCAAAAUCCGAUCUUUUGCUCAUUUUCCGAUCAAAGUCGCCGGCUUUCGACCGGGUUAUCGCCGGGGAGAAUGACUCGUUCUUGAAACUCAUCCUCGGCGGGCGUGAUCGGAGCUCCGGGGAAAUUCCCGGCGUUGCCCAGUUCAAGAUUUCCGAGAAGAAGAAGAAGGAAAGUGGGGAGCCAAUCUGGGGACGCAAAAUUAAGAGGAAUAGUAGUCAUAAUAAUAGUGAAGGUAACUCGACUGAGUCGACUCGGAUGAGUUACGGCUCGGUGGUGGGGUUCGACGCGGACGAGCUUGACCCGGAGGAUUCAUUGGCCGGGUUUCUAGAUCACGUGCCGAUGAGUUUGAGGAGAUGGGCUUGUUACCCUAUGUUACUCGGACGAGUCAGGAGGAAUUUCAGGCACGUGACACUAGUGGACGUCAAGGAAAUUCUCCUACUCGGAGACCCACUCGGCCGAGUCAAGAACCGGACCCCCGAGUCAGUGUACUUAACAACACAUACUCCGUCAAAACACGUCAAGAACUCGGGCCAAAACCCGGUUUACCCGGGCAUUGUCGCUGGCGGGACUCGAGGGGUCCGGAGAUUAUCAAACGCAAUGCUAACCGAGAUCGUCCGGGCAGCAAUGCAACGGAAGAGGAAGAACCCGGUGACCGAGUCGGGAGUCAUCAACCAACUCAUUAGAAGUGAGUUCGCAUUGAGGAAUGUGAAUUUAAUGGUGUCGAGCGAGUCAAUACCGCGGCUGAGUUCACUCACUGGGUUGAACUCGAAACCAGGUGCCACCUUCUUGCCCAUAGUGUCAAAAUUUGCACUUGCUAGGCCGGGGAAUAGUAAUGGGGAUGGAAGUGUUGUGAUUUUGAAACAUUUGUGUUCAUUAUCUUUAGAUUCCCAAGUUUACCCUGAUUGUUAGAAUAAUGCACUAGUAUAAAAGGGUAAAAAAGUAGUUUAAACUAGUUUCUUUAUUUUUUCAAAAAAAGUUUAUAUUGUGGAUAUAUAGAAUUUGUUCUAUGAAAUUUUUGUUGUAUUUUAUUA